AUGACGCGUGCUCAGCAGACACUCUCAGUUCUCCUACUUGUCUCUUCGCAUGAUCUCCAAUGCCAGCUCUACCUUGUCUUGUAUCUGGGCCUUGUUCCUCUUAACGAAACUGUCCAGACAGAAAUCAUUCCUAUUCUACCAUUCUAUGCACUAAUAUGCUUCGGUUGUUACCUUCUUGGCCGGCUGGGUCUGGCGAUCUUGACUUUCAAUGACGUUCCCGAGGCGCAUGAGGAGCUACAAAAGGAGAUCGAACAGGCCAAGGCCGAAUUGCGCAAGGCAAAUGUCGACGUCGAUUAA